AUGACGGAAUGCGGCAGUGAGAAGAUGGCGGAAGAGGAACGGAGUGCUAGUGCUGAGAAACUAAAGGAGAAGGCGAAUAACUACUUUAAAGAGAAGGACUAUGAGAACGCGAUCAAGUAUUACACAGAAGCAGUGGAGUUGAACCCGACCAAUGCCAUCUACUACAGUAACAGAAGUCUGGCGUACCUGCGGACGGAGUGUUAUGGAUACGCGUUGGCGGACGCGACUCAAGCCCUGGAGCUGGACAAGAACUACAUCAAGGGCUACUACCGGCGGGCCACCUCUAACAUGGCCCUCGGCAAGUUCAAAGCUGCACUCAAAGAUUACGAGACGGUAGUGAGAGUGCGGCCCAAUGACAAAGAUGCCAAGAUGAAGUAUCAGGAAUGCAAUAAGGUUGUCAAACAGAAGGCGUUUGAACGAGCUAUCGCCAGCGACGAGCUCAAACGAUCCGUGGUCGACUCCUUAGACAUAGAGAGCAUGACGAUUGAGGAUGAUUAUACUGGACCUAAACUUGAAGAUGGGAAGGUCACACUGAAGUUCAUGAAAGAAUUAAUGGAGUGGUUCAAAGACCAGAAGAAACUGCACAGAAAGUGUGCUUACCAGAUGCUGAUUCAAGUAAAAGAGGUUUUAUCCAAACUUCCAAGCCUUGUUGAAAUUACGUUAAAAGAGACAGAGAAAAUAACAAUCUGUGGGGACACACAUGGCCAAUACUAUGAUCUGCUAAAUAUCUUUGAGUUGAAUGGUUUGCCAUCUCCAACUAAUCCAUAUCUGUUCAACGGUGAUUUUGUGGACCGCGGCUCUUUCUCUGUAGAAGUAAUUCUCGUACUCUUCGGCUUCAAGCUGCUCUAUCCAGAACACUUCCACCUGCUACGGGGGAACCACGAGACAGAUAACAUGAAUCAGAUGUACGGGUUUGAGGGCGAGGUGAAAGCGAAGUACACUGCUCAGAUGUUCCAGCUAUUCAGUGAGGUCUUCCAGUGGCUUCCUCUCACACAGUGCAUCAACAACAAAGUCCUGGUGAUGCAUGGAGGACUGUUUAGUGAGGAUGGUGUGACUUUAGAUGACAUUAGAAAGAUCGACAGGAACCGACAGCCUCCAGACUCAGGUCCGAUGUGUGAUCUGCUGUGGUCGGAUCCUCAGCCGCAGAACGGGCGCUCCAUUAGUAAACGGGGCGUGAGCUGUCAGUUUGGGCCUGAUGUCACAGAGCGCUUUCUGGAACAGAAUAAACUGCAGUAUAUAGUGCGCAGUCAUGAGGUCAAAGCUGAGGGUUAUGAGGUCACUCACUCAGGGAAGUGCAUCACCGUUUUCUCAGCACCAAACUACUGUGACCAGAUGGGUAACAAAGGAGCUUACAUUCACCUCAGGGGAUCAGACCUCAAGCCAGAGUUCCACCAGUUUAAUGCUGUGCCUCAUCCAAAUGUCAAGCCGAUGGCAUAUGCUAACUCUCUCAUGCAGCUGGGGAUGAUGUAGUUGCUCCACUCUCAAGUCCACACCAAUCUCUCCACAUUCACACAUACACACACACAUUCUACUCAUCUCUGUGUCGAACAAAAUAUUUCUUCCUCUUAUACAUGCACAAAAUUUUACAGUAUUCAACAUACCUGUGGCUCUGUUGAUUUCUUUCUGAAACACGUACAGAGUCAUAAGUUGACGACGCCUUGACCUCAAAAAAGGAAAUAGGAAUGUCAGAUUCCACUUGCCCACUAAUGGAUCUCCCCCUCAUCAUUAAUGAUAGACCUGAACUGAUUAUAUGUUUGGCAGUAUGAUACAGGAGCUGAUUUGUACCGAAGAAUGUGCAAAUAUAUACAACACACCCCAAAGUAAAAGUGUUGAUGUAGAAUUGGAUUAAAAAUUGAGUUUAAAAAUAGUGAUCAGCACAUUUACUUUAAAGAAUUAGUUCACCCAUCUCAUCAUUUACUCACCCUCAUGCCAUCCCAGAUGUGUAUGACAUUCUUUCUUCUGCUGAACACAAACGAAGAUUUGUAUAAGAAUCAGUAUCAGUUCUGGAGGUCCAUACAAUGCAAGUUAAUGGUGACCAGCACUUUGAAACUCAAAAAAGCACAUAAAGGCAUCAUAAAAGUAAUCCAUAAGACUCCAGUGGUUAAAUCCAUAUCUUCAGAAGCGAUAUGAUAGGUGUGGGUGAGAAACAAAUCAAUAUUUAAAUCUCCACUUUCACAUUCUUCUUUGGUUUUUGGCAAUUCACAUUAUUCGUGCAUAUCGCCACCUACUGGGCAGGGUGGAGAAUUUAUAGUAAAAAAAAAAGGAUUUAAAAAUUGAACUGUUUCUCACCCAUACCUAUCAUAUCACUUCUGAAGAUGUGGAUUAAACACCUGGAGUUGUAUUUAUUACUUUUAUGCUGCCUUUGUGUGCUUUGUGAGCUUCAGUGUUUCGGACUCUGUUGACUUGCAUUGUAUGGACCUACAGAGCUGAGAUAUUCUUCUAAAAAUCUUUGUUUGUGUUCAGCAGAAGAAAGAAAGUCAUACACAUCUGGGAUGGCGUGAGGGUGAGUAAAUAAUGAGAGAAUUUUCAUUCCUUUGUGUUCUACUUAGCGCGCCCGGAUCUAAUGUCCAAUGUUGUGAAGUUUGGAGUAAGAAAUGUCAUUUUAAUACUGUAGCAGUUAAAGUGUUGUACGUGUCAUAUCAAAAACAUUACAAAGCCAGUUUUCUUUUCAUAAAAAAGCCAGUUUUCCAAUUUUCAUAAGCUCCACAUGGAAACAUUAACUUUAGUAUCUAUCUUGCAGUCAAACUUUCUGUUUGACCUGAACGUGAUAAAUGUCACUCAACAAAUGUACAAACUUUAGGUAUAUGUAUGACUUUAGAAAAUUACUUCAAACACUCUUUCGGCUUUCCCUCUCAGCAUGGGGAAAGUACAGUAUUGUGAAGCUAUGUAACCAUUUAGUGUACUCCGUUUUGUAGGCAGCUCCUACACGCCUUUUUCCCAAAAUGCUUGACUGAAAUGAAAUGCACUGGAGAUUCUGUACAACCCUUGUACCUUCCACUGUAUGUUUGUCUAGCGGAUCCCUUGUCCUUUGUGUGGACUCAAAUUACGACAGCAGAACUCUUUAAAUGCAGAGCAGCCAUGUCCCAUGCCCAUGACUUUUUAGAGAAUAUUAUAUACACCAACGUGUAUAUGUGUGUGUGUAUAUAUAUAUAUAUAUAUAUAUAUAUAUAUAUAUAUAUAUAUAUAUAUAUACAUACUGUAUCAUUAAAAUUUCAGUGUACAUGUUUGGGGGGGAAAAAAGUUAUUGAAUAAAAAAAGACACCAGUCCAAUAAUCUAAAAUGUGGUCAUAUCUUUAAUUGUGGAUGAUAUUUUUGUUUUAUUUAGUUGACUUGAGUUGCACCAGCAGUAACAGGUUUGUAUCAUCAGCGUUGGCUGCAGCUGAUAAGAACGAAUGUUUAAAUAAGUAAGGACUGAAUGAGAAAACAUGCAGUUUUAUAUUUCUCAAUAAUGCACAACAGGCAUCAUGUCUGGCAGACAGUUUUAAAUAAAAAUUGAAAAUGUAUGAAACUGGUGUUGAAUUUUUUCUUAUUUAAUUUUUUUACCAAUCUUUCACCAACAUUUGAAGUGUGUGAGCAGUGAUGUCUCUGAUUAUAUCAUCCAGCUGACUGUCUGAGAUGCAAUCAAAAUUUGUAACUAA